AUGAUCAACGUACGUCCAGUGACUUCUGUUGAUUUACUCUCUCUUCAGAAUUACACGCUUACGUCGUUUGAAGGGUAUCCCCUCCAAUACUAUUACUUCCAUUAUUUGUCGUGGCCGUAUAUCAUGUAUGUUGCUGAGGAUGACAAGAAGAGUAUUGUUGGCCAUAUUAUUCUGAAAUGUGAGGACGGUAUAAGUCUGAAAAACGUCAUCUCAGUGACUUCUUUGAACGUCCAAUUGUCUUCUCGGAAUUGUGGAAUUGGAUCGUUAUUACUUCGGAUGGCUAUUAACGCGGCUAUAGAAGUCUACGGAGCAAGGUAUUGCAUGCUCCGUAUUAAUUUCGAAGACAACUUCUUGGUCCAUUUCUUGGUCAACAAAAACGGCUUUGAACGUGUUGGCGAGGACUUCACAUUCAUCAAAAAACUCAAAUUGGAAGAUCAAAUCGAAUCUGAUUGCACGGCGCUCUGUGCCGUGCAAUGGAGGAAGAGUGUGAUACGUGACGAGAAAUGA